AUGGCAGACAGAACUGCUCCAACCUCGUCGCUAAAACUAGAAUGGGUGUACGGUUAUCGAGGACACCAAUGCAGAAACAAUCUUUACUACACUGGCGCAAAGGAGAUCGUGUAUUUUGUGGCUGGAGUGGGGGUGGUUUACAACACGAGGGACAACUCACAACGAUUUUUUCUUGGACACAACGAUGAUAUUAUCAGGUUUGUAAAGUUUAGGGCUUGUACAGACUAGUUUCUCCUACAAGGUAUCUCCUACAAGUAGACUUGAUAAAUGCGGUAUUUGCUUGAUAUAUUUACCGAUUCCUUGUGCAAACUUGAACAAUGCAUGCCUCUGGAUGUUGACAGGGUUACCGUGCAAGCGCCGUGUAAACUCUAUUGACGGCAUGCAUGAGUUUGUUUCAAAAUACAUUGAAAUUCUAAUUGCCGAAAAAGUAUUUUCCAUUGAUACUUCCACAAGAUGUUUUUGCUUGUGCAUUUUUAACGACACCUUAAAAGGAAGGGCUUUUUUACAGGGCCAUAAACAUACAUUCUUCGAAUCAGUGUUUCAUAGCUGGGGUCUUUCUUUCUUUUGGUUGAUUGACUCUGGUGAAUGAACACUGACUUUAUUUUUAUUUUAGGCUUAUAUUUAUAUAUUGAACAACGUUGUACUUCGAUUUCACAUCAAUUAAUUUUUUUCAUUUUGUAGCCAUAUGAGAACAAAAUAUUUUUACACCUGAACUUGAUUCCGUGUAUACUUUUCUACGAGACAAUAAUUUACGAUUAUCUGUGUGUCAGUUUAUUCUAUCUGAACGCAUAAAAGCAGAUAUAUUUUUAAGUACUCGUCAUUCAAGAUGUUUUAAAAAUCGAGGCGACAAUUUAUAAAUGUGUUCUUCAUAUUUUGGUGAGCAAUAUUCUCAAGUCGACACACCCUUAUUUUAUUUAAAUUGAAAAUGGAAGUUUAAUUUAGUCACCAGAGAAAUUUAUGAUAACAUAAAUUAUUCUUAGAAUCUGCCUUUCAAAUACAAAUAUACUAUGGAACUGUAUAUUAAUAAGACAGUUAAAUAUUGAAGCUUGCUGGCUUUGAACUGUUUUGAUUUUAUAAUAGCUUUGACUGCCUACAUGCCUACAUUCAAAAUGAAAGACAAAACAAAACAUACAGGUGCAAUACAUUUUUCCUGCUGCUGUCAGGUGCAAAUUUACAAUAUAUCUUUGGACACUGAUAUUUCAAACUAAUAAAUUAAUUAUUUACAUGUAGAUUAUGGUCAUUCAACAUCCAGAAUGGACCUGUAUAUAACCUAAGUGCUAAAAUUUUUUGGAGAGCAUUUAUGAAUAGGUAGUUUUACACCUGUUAUUAAUUAUUAGAAGGUAAUUGCAGCCUGAAUCCUCAUAAUGGCCUUUUCAGUAAUUUUAAAUGGCCUUUUCAGUAUUUCUGGGGAGCCCUGAUGCACUGUGGUGGUAUUUCAUCUGUUAUUGCUGGGCUCUUCUUGGCAUGAAGUGCACAGGAGAGCACCAUGGGUAAUAAAAUUUGGUUAUCCAGAUGUGUAUCCAAGAAAUUUUGGUUGCAUUUUGGACAAAAUUGUACGUCUAUCCAUCUGUCCAUACUACAGUCGACCCUCUCGUAAGCGACCACCCAAAAUGCAAAGGCUUGGUGGUCACUUACAGGGGAUGGUUGCUUACGAGAGUCGGACUGCAAGGUUGAAAUUUUUAAGUUCACCUAGAAUGGAGUGGUAUGUUUACUUACUGAAAGUUUACUUUCCCCUGACAAUUACUGGUAGUUUUUAUGACAAAAUCAUCGGCCAUUGUAUGUGACAGUUCAUUUACGGAAGUCCAAUUAAUUAGAUGACACCUUCCUUUUUGUCCAUUUUUACAAUGUACUUAACUGUUUAGUAUGACCAUUUGUCAAGUGGUCGCUUAUGGGAGGUGGCCGUUUAUGAGAGGUUCCAGUUUAUGGCUUUGACAGAAAAUAUUUUUGGUGUUUUGCAAAGGUGGUUUCUUAUGGGAGGUGGUUGCCUACGGGAGGUGGUCGCACGUGGAGGUUCGACUGUACUUAUGUUCACCCCUUGAUGUUAGUGAAUGUCACUUACUUACUUAGGUUGUUUACCAUUUACAUGGGCAAACUAGUUGGUCCAUGAUUUGGGCAACUGGUACCCAAAAUUCAGGACUGGUACAUUUCGUCCCGGAUUUGCAUUUACUAUUUGUACAAAUCGGGGAUCUUGCAUAAUUUGUGCACCCCUCAGACGAGUACGGUUCGGCACUAUUGGCCAAUAUGUUGAUCGACUCUUGAUUGCCAUAUCAGUUGACUGUCGGUUGACAUGUUGUUGGACACUCGAUCGAUAUGUUGGCCAGUGCAUUGGCCGACAUAUCAGUUGACAUGUCGGCUGACACUCGAUCGCGUGUCGGCUUGGUCAACUGUCAUGUAAUAUAAUCUGUGCUUUGAAAUCAGAAUAGGGGAGCUGGGUUUCAGAGUUACACUCAUCCCACAUCAGUCUUCAAUGCCACAUUAACUUGUUGGAUUUCUGCCAUUGUUCUACGUGUGUUAUAAUGUUAGAUUGUUUUUGAAUACUCUUCAAAGUUGAUGCCAUAGCGGUCCCUAUUUUUUUCCAAAAACAAAAUUGCGCACACUUGAAAUUAUACUUUCACAUUUAUAGUCAAGACUGGUAAAAGCCACCAAAGCCCAUUAAAAAUUGCAGCAUGGACAAUGUCACAACAAAAAUUUGGGUAGACAAAAAAUGUACCACCGGCUAAGUAGCAGUGAAGUAUCGCCUGAAUGUCGGUGGCGUAUUAAUCGAUAUGUCGCCCGACUAUCUGUCAACAUACUGACCAACACCAUCAGCCAAUCUGUUGGUUGACAUGUUGGCCGAGAGAUCAACCAGGAUUCGGCUGAUAUGUCGUUUGAUAUGGCAACCGAGAGUUGGCAGACAUGGUCGACAUGUUGAUUGUGUAUUGGCCGAUAGUGUCAACCAAUACUUGGCUAGGGGUGCAAAAAUUACACAAGAUCCCAAAUCAGUUCUAUUUCUUGAAAACAACCGUUAAGGUCUGAAACUGUCAUCAAAGAUGGCUUUGAAGCUAGAAAUGGAAUGUGAAUUUCCAUUUGGAAUAUUCUGUCCGGAAAAACAGGACUACCUUUUCAGAAGUUCCAUUGCUCCCUGAAAUUUUCUGCUGGAACGACCCCAAAAGUCAGCUUCCACUUGCUUUCCAACUGGAAAUCGUAAACAACCUUGUAAAUGGUACAAAAAAAAAACAUUUUGUAAACGGUAAACAACCUUGGAGUCCAAGGCAUACCGUAAAGGCCCUUUUUGAGGGGCUUAUUUUUGGAGGGGCUUAUAUUCGGAGGGGCUUAUGUACGGAGGGAAAUUUGUGUUUCAAACUCAGUUGGGCUAGCCUGUAGUAGGAAGGAAAUUUACCAUUUUUGCUUUGGUUUACUUGGUAUUCGAGGGCAAAUUCCAAGCACAAGCCCCCCGGGGGACUUAUAUUUGGAGGGGCGAUUUAACCGAGGGUUUUUUUGUGUUACAAUUUUGGGGGGCUUAUAUUUGGAGGGGCUUAUUUUCGCAAUGUUACGGUAUAUCUAGUAAGUUAAACUUAAUAUUUGGGAUCCAUGUUAUGGUCAAUAUUGACAGCUAUAAAAAGGGUGUCCACUGAUCAGUGUCACUUAACUGUAUUGCAGGCUCAGGUGUACAACUCACUGAGGUGACAUGUUUUUCUAAAGUUUUUUGCUGACCAAUUAUUGGCUUUCAGCUGGUGACAGGCUCCUACGGGGGUGGGGGGGUGGUACUCCGGAUUUCAAGUGACAGGGAUGAUGGAAUCGGGGGCAAAAAUCAAAACCCAAAAAAAUCCCUAGGACUUCAAACAAAACCAAAAAAAUCCCAUGCCGAAUUUCCUAUCUAUAAAAAUUUCCAGAAAGCAUUAAAUGAGACAUAACACAAAAAAUAGAAACAUAAGUAAACCUGGAAUGUUUGUGUUUGUUUAUCCAUCUCACCAUCUGCAGUAAGAACCCUUUCCGCACCUGGUGGUCAUUGUAACAACACUCAAGAUACCCAAGAACACAGGGCUCGAAAUUAAAAAAAUCCUCAGGUCGCCUUUUGGCGACCAACUAGAGAAAUAUAGUCACCAGAUGCAAAUUUUUAGUCGCCAGUUUGUAUCAUGUAAAUGACCCAGCUCAGGGCUUGUGGUAUUUCGCGCGGUCGCGAAAUUGAAAUUCACAAAAGCACGCAAAAUACCGCGAAAUUCAGUAGAAAUUUUAUCAAAUACAUGUCUCUUAACAACAUAUUUGAAACUUAUCUCAGCAAUUUCAUCUUGAAACUUCGUCACUGAAACGUGCACACAUCGUCCUAAGACUACCAGGCAUAGAUUAUGUUGCGAAAACCUGGGCACUAGUUAUGAUGUUAAAGGCUUUGCCAUUGGUUCAUUUCUGGAGCGUAUUGUUGUUGAGAGAGCAAAUGAUGACCUCUGUUAGAAAAACGUUUAAAAUGCUGGUCUGAUCAGCGCAAAACCGAUCGAUUUCUAGCGAAUUUUCCCUGAAAAUAAGCAUAAAAUCGGCUGUUUUUACUGAUUGCUUUUCGCGAAGUUUGCUCCGAAAAUUUUCUCGAAAUUGGCCGAUUUUUCCGCGCAUUUGUCCCUUAACAUCCCGCAAAACUUGACUUUUUUCAGCGACCUUUUAGAAGCCCUACAUAGUAUGGCGCGAUCCAUCCGAUUUCCGCGAUUUGAAAAUACUAGGGAUAGAAGUCGGUGUAAAUUUGGAGGUAAACUGGCUUUGUUUAUGACAUUUGGCACAUUUUUUAUGAUGAGAGCAAAGCAAGAUAAUAUGAAAUGUUUGUGUUAACUUAACUCAUUUAAUUUAAAUCUAAAAUAUAGAGAAAUCUGGUUGCCACUUUUGCGACUAAACCAGAAUUUUUAGUCGCCAAGGAGAAAAUAUUAGUUGCAUUGGCGACCAUAUCAGUCGCAAUUUCGAGCCCUGGAACAUAUUCUGUUACAACAGUACCAUGCAGAAUGACAACUCUAAACAAUGCGGCUGGGAUAUGCAGGAACUAUCACGAAUGUUCAGAUUGUUUUGAAUACCCCAAAAAAUCCCUACUUAAAAUCCGGAGUCCUCCCCUGGGGGCAGGCUAACUUCCAUUUCAUUUAGGAUGGAUUCAGUUAACUUCUUGCUUAUGGCAAAUGCUGAAAGAUCCCAUGAGAGCUUCGCUUUUGACCUUGCCUAAAUGUAUACUACAUAUUAGUGAAUUGAUUCUGCAUUGAAAGAAAAAAGUUUUCUUGAAGUAAACCAGACUGAUGUGGCAUUCUUAUCCUUUUAUAUAGUUUAGCCUUACACCCAGAUAAACAGUUGGUAGCAACUGGACAAGUUGGCAAAGACCCAUACAUCUGUGUCUGGGACACACGGUCAUGUCAGACUGUAUCCAUCAUGAAAGACACCCACCAAAGGGGAGUCACAUGCUUGGCAUUCAACAAUUCCGGCACGGUAAGCUUUGCUGUGACAUGCAGGUAAACCACGCAACUGCCUUAUCGAUAACUGUUAAAAUAGGUAUUGUUUGCAUUCCUGCAUUUGGAAAUUAAAUUGGAUACCAUGGCUUUGAAAUUACUACCACCAUUUUAUUCAUUUAAUUUUUAUCAGAUAAACUGGUAUGAAUUGUAAUUAUAAUAAUUGGUAUCUCUCAGUUAGUAUAAUAACCUUGUUUUCUUUGUGCAUAAUUUAAGCUGUGGAGCCUCUGACUUUCUCCUUGGAAUGAAUUCAUUAUCACUCACACAUUUCUCCCUUGGGCUGCUAUGAUGUAACAAACUUCGUCCAUUCAUGUCGGUCCAUGCAUGUGUACUGCUACAUAAUUAUCUCUCUAACUGAGUUUGAGAUCUGUACUGUAAGUGACACGAUGAAUUCUUUUUCGCCUAAAAUAAGCCAUUUACGGUUACAAGUGGAAACGAGGCUGUAGUUGACCUUAUUUUGAUACAACCGUUCCUGCUUUAUUAUCAUUUAUUAAAUCAUGGUGUCCUUAUGCAAACUAGUAUUUUUUAAGCAUAAUUUCCAUGCGAAAAAGGAGGAGGUUUGUAUCAAUUUUUGUGAGUGAGCUGUAAAUCUGAGCACCUAAAAUAGGGUGCUGUAAGUUCCUCAGAUAUGAGGAUGAAAUACCCCCUCUCACAGCACAGAUCUAACUCUUGUGCAGACUUUAUAGUGUCCAUCUCCAGGCACCACUUAGUAAAUUGAAGCCAUGUGCCACUGAGUUGGCCUUACCACACCUACGUAAUAUACACGUAUGUGAUAGAGCUGUUUAACCCACAUCAAACCUUUUUUUGAAGGACCAUUGGCAAGACUCCCUUUACUCCCUAUACUUAUAAACUGAUUGUAAUGCUAUUUGUAAUAUUUUCAGCUGCUUGUGUCUGUGGGUCUGGAGGACUAUCAUCUGAUAGCAGUGUGGGAUUGGAAAAAGGGACGUGUGUUGGCUACAGUGAGGGGACACUCUGAUCGAGUGAGUAGUUUUGAGUAGUGUUAAUUAUUUUAAACAGUCUACUCAACAGGGCCAUUGUUACUUCACAAUAUUUAUUUUAUUGAACUUGUAUAGACAACAAAUUCUGCUUUGGCUUUUUGGCCUCACAUGUCUUUUUGUUAGUUUUGAUUGUUGCAUUAAUUAGUCAAACAUAAGUUGCUGCUUUGCAUUCUUUCCUUUAGUCUUCUCUUGUUUCUUCCUGUAGAUAUUUGACAUUCAGUUUAACCCAUAUCAAGAGAAUUUGUUGGUUAGCUGUGGAGUCAAACACAUCAAGUUUUGGACCCUUUGUGGAAAUGCACUAAAUCCUAAAAAAGGUCAAUGACUUAAUUUCUUCCUAUUUCUUCUAAAAUUUAAUCCAUUGUAAUUAAAUACGUCAAUUGUUCCCACUGGUUAUCAAACCUAAUGUCAUCUUUAAAGUUAAACAUGUGCAUGAAAAGAAUGGGCAAUUUAAAGAAUGGUGCUUAUACUUGUAUAUAAAGAUUGCUUCCAGAAUUAGAGAGGUGAUUUUAUAGAGCAUUUGAACCACACAAUACUAAACUUACACAGAACAUGCAAAGGGACUAUUGCUGUAUGAUUCAUAGUCUUCCUCUUCUUAUAACUACUCUAAAACAUCUGUCACACCUCUUUUAUGUGGAUAGUUCUAUGAUCAAUAUGGUUACCUCUUCAUGCAUAAAUCCCUCUCUUUGGUUUCUACAGUGAACAUUAAUAGAAGAUCAAGUGUUAUGUUACAUUAAUUUUUGUUAUAACUACUCAAGGGAGAACAACUCAUGCAUGACAUACUGGUACUUCUGUGGAGGUUAUAGAUGUGUCUCCAUAAUUUAUAAGAAAAUUGGCUAGAAAUUGUGUGAAGUUUUGAGUGCAUUAAUUACAUCAACAGGAGUAUGUAAGGAGAGAUAAGCAGUGUACCUGAUAAAGCAGCCACUGUUUGUAGCAGUUAUUACUUAAGUACUUUGUAAGAGUUCUCUGGUUUAUGUUGUAGGUAAAAUCUUAUUUGCAGACUUAAAGCAGUAUCCUGCAUUGUUUGAUCCAGAAUUUCCUUUAUUUUGUAGCCCUACAUUGUAAUUACAGUGCUGUACUCAUAAGAGACAAAGGGCAUUUCUGGUGAACCUGUGAGAAUGAAUAAUAUUUACCAGCAACAUAAAAUUAUAAGCAUUAUUCUAAUGUUUAAUAUUCCUACAGGUGUCUUUGGCAAGGCUGGAGAAAUUCAAACGAAUCUUUGUUUAGCAUUUGGUCCUAAUGAUGUGACGUUUUCUGGAACUCUUAGUGGUGAAAUUUACAAAUGGAAAGGUCAUAACCUGGCAGGAUCCAUCCCUAAUGCUCACACCGUAAGUGAAUUAUAAAUUCCAACUGUUUUAUUCACUUUGAGUGGUAGUGAUGGAUAUGCAUGUAAACAGUAACUGUUUGAAUGCUCAGGUUUAAUGCUAAAUUUGAUUCACUGAUUGAGAGCUGAUGCGCACUAUCAUUACAAGCCGCAGCCUUGAUUUUUGAACGAGCAACAUUCGUUUUCUGGUGUGCAUCAAACACACAUCACGUGUGAUAUUAUCCAGAGGGAGAGCCAUAGAAGGAAAUUACAAUAACAAAGUAAAUUUCACUUAAAACCAACAUGACCUGUUGUAAGAUUGGGCACAGCGGAUGAAAGCCAAAGUGCGAAAAAAAACAAAAUUCUGAUAAGUCAUCAAAACUAGUCACUCGCUCAUGCCCAUGAACACCAUCAGGCAUGUAGGGCGGCAACAAAGGAUUGUCACCCCUGUCUGUUCUGGGCCAGCUUCUGAAUGGUUCCAAUGACUCUAGAUGCCCAUCACACCCAGUAGCGUUGAUUUCCUCUGUUGCUGUUUCCGUAACAGGAGUGUUUUUACGGAACAGGUUUGUUAGUUCUUUAUCCAACCCCCAACGUGGAAGACCAGUGGAUCACACUUUGUCAGGCCUCUACCCCUCAACAUGUCUGGCAUGGGUGGCUGCACCAGGAAACAAAUCUCCCGCCAGCAUAGCUCUAGGGGUUUCUGAGACAUGCAAGCCCACUGACUGCGAAAUGUUGGCGAUCCAGCAACUUCUGGCUGGCAUACGAUUGAUUCCAAAAAAAUCUACCGAAUUAUCCAAACGAACACAAAUUGUGGGAAAACUGCAACUACAUGUAGCCUGGGACCUGACUCCACAUUGGGGGAAAAAGGAGAAAAAAUAAAUUUGGCGAGUGAAGGAAGCCGAGCAGUAGUCUGGGGAUGGGAAAGGGUGGGGGAGCCUGGAGACACUCCUUAUAUGAGGCCAAUCUGCCCUCCAGCAAAUAAGCUGUCAUUUAAAUAUCAACACAUCAAGUUCUCAUCACGGAUGUCAGCCUGCGUGUAUUGUUUCACUUUUUGAAAAAAUAUUUGAAUACGCAGAGAUGAAGUAAGAGUGCAAAGAGAUCUUCUUAACUUUGAUUGCCAACUGCUUUGGCGAGGUGAAAUAAGACUCAAAUAAAGACUUUUCUGAGGAAAAUGUGCUGUGUGUGACGGGUGAAGAACAGACAAAUAGAUUUUCAAGGAGAUUCCUCAAGUUUGCGUUACAGUGCUUGUUGACAUAACUUCGUACCAGAGGAAAUUUUGUUCAGUAGAGUUUAUAUUCCGCGGAGAAAAAAUGAGUAAGUUUAGCACCUUAUAGGAAGACUAUUCAGUUCAAGUGUAUUCCAUUUGAAUUUGUUGUCUGUUUUAUAAGGUUUUUCUUGUCAAAAUUAUUUAAAAGUCAGUAAUAAUCAUUUUCCUCAACCACUGCUCUCUCUCUUGCAUGCAUAGCUUUUAGCGUUCAUGAAGUCGUUGGCGUUGCUUGUCAGUUGGGUAGUUGGUUUGUUAAUUAUGCUAAUGACAAGCGAUGCGAACAACUUCGUAAACUCUAAAAGCCAUGCAAGAGAGAAUCCACUGCUCGCAGGGUAUCUCCAUACAGUUGUGGUUUACGCGUUCUCGGAACACAAGGUUUAGCUGUAUGCAACAUGCAUUCUGUAAAUAUAUCCAUGCCUUUGGUAGGAGCAUGAUUAUAAUGCUGUGCCUUUUGAAUGUCGGUUUAUAAUUCAAUUGCUUUGUAAAUGUGACCUUAGUUUAUCGCAGGAAGGUACUUAUAGGAAAAAUUUGAUAUUUGAAUGCUUUUUUUUCUUUUUGCAACAGACCAAAGGCAUAUUUUCUGCUCUUCUUUGAGCCAAGGGAUAAGCAGGAAGUCUCGCAAAGAAAUUUGUAUUGCUUGCCCGAAAUCUGUGUUUGUUGAAAAAAUCUUUUCCUGAAUUGAAGAAGUGUGAUUUUGAAAGAGUCCAAUACUGUGAACAGCACCACAAAUCUAUCAACUUUGGGACUUUUGACCAAUCAGAGCAUGAUAUCAGAAUCUGGUGUCAUGGAAUGGCGACAUCAAAGGCAUCUCUUCAGGCUCUGCCGCCCUUUCCCCCUCUUCCCAGCCCAUUGCUUUCCUAAAAAUCUACUGAUUACUCAAGAAGACACAAUUUAAGAAAGCUGCAACUGGCUAGCUAAAUCACGAGCUAAACUGGCGUUUAUUAAAUGGACUGUCUCAGAUCAAUUAUAGAAUCACAUUUUUUGGGGGAUAGUAUUGCGUGACUUAUGUUUGCAUCAACCUCGUGUAUAGUAUAAUUAUUUUUCAACAAUUUUCUUAUUCAAAAAGAUAGUCUUGGUUGAUCAAAUACAAAGAAUUGCUGGUUGCCAAGUCAUAACAGUGAAAAAGAAGAUGGGAUAUCCUAAAUGUUGCGCAUUAUUGUAGAUGGUUUGAGCAUUUUGGCAGGAUCAGGACUUUUUUGGCCGCAUUUCUAAAUGCCCCUUAAAUUAUAAUAUUUGCGCGUUAUCAAAUAGUGAUCGAGGAUCUACACAACCAUGAUUCUAAUCCUGCCCUCGAACUCCACAUGUGAGAGCCAUAUAUCGGUGAACAAAGCUUCAGUUCCUCGGACAUAAUGCCAAAUAAUAUCGAGAAACCAUUGCCACAUUGAAUUAUUGAACCCAUUUUGACUGCAAUAUGUAACUUACUGAAUAUUACUUUGGCGGGUUGUUUGAUGGGACCUUCAUCAAGUGCCAGGUUUUGUCAUUUGCUCUACCAAAAAAUAUUUCUUUUUUCGAAGACUUUGCGACUAGACCCCUUUUUUUAGGGCAAACCAUGAAGUAUUUUCAUGAAGCAAUUUAACAAGAAGAAUAGCUUAGUUAAAUAUCUUACUCUGGCAGUAUAUGUGCGUGUAGUGUAUAAGCUCUGGUGUUUGAUGCAAAUUGUGCCCUGUCCUAAAAGUGAGUGUAUUGACUGAUGAACUGACAGAAAGCGAUUAAUGUGUACACCUUGUGUGUGCAAAGAAAGUGUGUGAACCAACUACAACUAACAUUAUGCUCAUAAGAAAUAUUGGAGAGAAACACUUUUAAUGAGAUUCUCAGACAGCUAAGAAAAAAGGUACCUGUAUAUUUGAUAACAGAUUUUGUUUGCAUUUUUUUAAGGGUGCAAUUUUUACAAUGCAUAGUAAUAGUGAUGGAUAUGCUACAGGAUCAAAGGAUGGAACUGUUAUCCUGUGGGAUAAUGACUUUAAACCUAUCACAAAACUGGACAUGAUUAACUCUCCUGUUGGUUACGAAGGUAAUCAUAAAAAAACAUUUGAAUGUAUUCACCUCUAUGUCAUUUACUCAGAAGAUGGCCUUGUAGUGUAGAAAAUUUCUGAAAAUCUGCAGUAUAUAGGAAUUUAUAUUUCAUACUGUCCAGGUAACUAAAGUUUCAAAUCUUGGAUACUUCAGUUUUAAGAAAUAAUGGUUAAAUAAUUACUGAAUGAGUAUUUUAUUAUGCUGAGCACUGUGGGUUGACUUGCAUGAGCUUUGUUUUUCACUGGGUCCUACUGACCUGUUUCUUUUCUUCCCCUCUCAUUACCCCCCAACACGAUUGUUUCACUCAGCCAUACCCAUGAGAUUCUGGUUUUCUUUAUUUAGAUUAGAAAGCGGUUUUGACUGUAACAAUUGAAAUUACCCUGUGAAGCAAUGUUAAAUAUAAGUACAAUUUUCUUUGCCAGGAUUGUCUGUGAGGAGUACUUUCUGGUCAGGUGAAAAAAUCCUUGUUGGUACAAACGCUGGAGAGAUUUUUGAGGUCUUUGCAACGGAAAAAGACAAACCAAGAACUAUUAUACAGGUCAGUAUUACCAGUAACGCAAAUUAAGGGUAUUUUAAAGAACAUCAUAGCACCCAUGCAGAGAUGUGUAGAUUGAACUGUGAAUCUUUGUGCCAUUCUUACUGCUGUUUCCAUUUGGGGUUGCUUACACUCCUACAACAUUUUCACUCCCAGGAGUGCCAAAAAUAAAAAUAAUAAUAAUACUAAUAAAAAAACAUGAACAAAAAUUAUUUUUGAAUGCCAUUAAAAAAACAAAAAGUUUCUUAGGAAAGUACUUCAGGUUUCAUUUGAGUGGCAAAACAGCAGGAUUUUGUCUAGAGCUGUAUAUCAACAGCCCUCAUACAGAAAAAGUCCUCAUGGUGACCAACAUCUCAUUUCUAAUGAUAACGUCACUGCUAAAUCAAGUCUCAAGGUUAUGCGAAUCCUAGAACAGUGUGAUUAUAGGCCCAAGGUGCAAUGAGCUAUCACCCCAUUUAGUGGGUGGGUGGGUGGGUGGGUGGUGGGGGGUAUGGCUCUGAGGGGGCUACUUGUACAAGAGGAAUAAUAAAUAUUAUCUUUCACUCUAGUGAAGCCAACUUAUUCUUGAACAAUAUGUUUUGCCAGGUCAUAGUCGACUUGGUAUCAAACCAAGACAGCUUUUGAUGUAGCGUUUGUGUUAUAAUGCUAGGGCCAUGCUGAAGGAGAACUCUGGGCUUUAGCAGUUCACCCCAAGAAACCAAUGUUUGCCACUGGCAGUGAUGACAGGAGUGUAAGGUUAUGGAGCAUGUCUGACAUGACGUUACUAGCACGAACAGACUUGGAUCAAAAGGCUCGUUCUUUAGGCUUUAGUCCUGAUGGCAGUCAUUUAGCCGUGGGCCUUGGAGAUGGAUCAUUCAUGGUCUUAAAAGCAAGGUAUGAAGCCAAAUGAUGUUUGAGUGAUCUAGAGUUCUUGCCAAACCUUUUCAAUAUGAAGAGAACAGUUCCUUUUGUUAAGUGCUAGAUUGAAAGCUACGUGGGAGGACAACUGGAGGCCAUUACGUAGAGCUUACAAACAUAGGCAGAUGAAACAUUUUUUGCAAUUUGUUUAGAAUAGUACAGACCUGUGACUCUUGUUAUUAUCAAGUUUUUUAUUAUUAAGUAACAUCUGAUUUUUAUUUAUGAGGUGUCAUCAGAUUUUGAAAAGGCUCAUUUCUUAUAACUGGAUGAGGAUCAUCUCGGCAACUGCUAUAGAUGUCAAAACAUCCGUAAUCUGUUAGCUGUUCAGUUGACACAUUAAAGAAAUUAUCGGUCUAACAUGAAAUUUCUUGCUGUCAAGAGAGUAGUUCAUAGUGUUCUUGAUUCCAAUUAGGGACUUAUCAGAAGUUACACAUAUAAAAGAUCGUAAAGAGGUUAUCCAUGAAUUAAAGUACUCUCCUGAUGGCCAGCAUCUUGCAGUAGGAUCCAAUGACAACUUUGUAGACAUUUAUUCUGUGACGCAGCGCUACAAGAAAGUUGGCGAGUGUAAAGGCAGCUCUAGUUUCAUUACUCAUUUAGACUGGUCUAUGGAUAGUAAACAUUUGCAGACAAACUCUGGCGCUAGUGAGAGAUUAUUCUUCAAAAUGCCAAGUAAGUUUAUGACUUACACCAAACAAACUAAAAAAUUACUAAGGUAUAUUUUCAGUUGUCCUAGUGAUGCAAGGCACAAUACAGCUUCUUGAUGAUCUGCUACGCGCGUUUCUCCAGUAGACAGCGGAACCUCGAUAUAACAAAGGGGUAAGGGACUGGCAAAAUAUGUUCGUUAUAACGAGGUUUCGUUAUAUCGAGGUUCUUUUCCAUAUAUUUUACUGUCACUGGGGUUAAAAAAAAAACAGUUCGUUAUGUCGAGAACUUCGUUAUAUAGAGGUAUUGUUUGUAUGAUAACUACAAAGAAAUACUUGCUGACACUUUUGUCGAAAGUUGUUGUCUAUUAACAUUGAGAGAAACUUUGCUCAAGAGCAAGGAAUAUAAAAAAAAUGAAUCUAUGUUAACUGUCCUUCUCUGCUUUCUUAAAGAAUGACACUUUGAAAUAUUUCAGACUUUGCAAUUAAAUCGUCUGGUUCUACUCGAGUCUUGCAAUCUCGUUCCCAGGGCUUUUCCCUUAGAAACCCACCCAUUUUCUUAGGGAAAAGCCCUGGGGAGAAGAUUGCGAGUUUUGAACAUUUUGUUAUAUUACUUCUUUCUGUAAUUGCUAGGACUGUAGAUUACGAAACGUUGGGUUGUAUUAUUUUUAUUACACAUGUCAGAAUAUUGAUAUCCCAGAAGUAACCUAUUAGCGUUUCAGCAUCAACUAUCUUGUAUUUUAAUUUUUCUUAUAAGGUGGAAAGAGAAUAGCGAACAAAGAAGAGAUCAAGGCAAUUCACUGGGCGACAUGGACAUGUGUUUUAGGUGUAGAGGUGAAUGGUAUCUGGGAGAAGUACACAGAUACAAAUGACGUCAACGCUUGUGAUGCAAGCUUCCAGAAUGAGGUUUUAGUCACUGGUGAUGACUUUGGUCUUGUAAAGCUUUUCAGAUUUCCCUGUCUAAAGAAAGGUAACCUUAAAGAUAAUCAUCUCAUAGAUCAGUGCUAGCAGUAUGGAUCAACAAAGGUUGACAAUCUUGAAUAGGGGGAGCAGGUGAUAAAGACCAGGGAAUUUACAAUAUUGGCCGGCGUUCUGGAGGGUUUGCAUUGUGGACCAUGAGGUGAACAUUAUUGGCCAGGGAAAAGCUUCUGCUUUCCUGAACGUGCAAAAAGCAAACUUCUAAAUUUGCUUUUCCCUUUUUCUCUGUUCUUUUUGCGCUCUCUUUCUGCUUUUCGCAUAGUGAUUUAGAAACAGUUGGAAAUGUUAACGAAUGUAUUGUUCAAUGACACGUCGAGUCUAGUUUUCCAUUGAAUUUACUACGUUUUUGGUAUGCGACUUAUCCAAUUUACUAGAAUUGCUCUUUUUUGCUUUCUUUGGAAGAUUCUUACUGCAGAAGCUGUUUUUAAGGGCCUGUUUCGAUUUUCUCUAGAAAAGUUAACAUGUAAGUAAAUUAAUGUCUGCAAAUACUUUUUUACAGGUUCUAAAUUCAGGAAGUACGUUGGACAUUCAGCUCAUGUGACAAACGUUAGGUUUUCUCAUGACAUGAUGAGAGUGAUUAGUGUAGGUGGUGGAGAUCACGCAAUCUUCCAAUGGCGUUACUUACCUGACGGUUCCCAUGGUGAUGAUGGUGAUGACGUCGAUGGUGGAGCAUACAUGGAGUCGUGCAGCGAUGAGAGUGACUCCGAAGCUUCGGAUGCUGAUGAACUUGACAGUGAUAUUGAGAAUGUAAGUUACAGUUCACGUGUCAACAAGAUUGUUUAUUAACCCUUUCGACCAUAGAAUUUUCACCUUAAAAAAAGAUUUUUAAGACUAAAGGUAUUUAAAACUUUUUUGCAAGCCGGAAACUACGCUAGCUUUCGUUUCUAGCGCAAAUAUACAGCAAACGCUGAAGGACAUGCGGUGUUAUUUUAAAAUAACUAGCAUUGGAGUUUUCUUAGCACUGAAUUACUAGUUUAUUUUGCCUUUAUCUCUGGACUGCUUGAAAAAUCACUGUCAUUUGGGCAUCUUCGGGAGGGUUUCUCGAUUUUUUUUUUUGCUGCGUGAAACAGUCGUUGAAUCUGAUGGCGUCAUUAGUGACACUAGAAUCUUGGUUUCAGCACGUGUCCUACGGGAUUUCCAGGUAUAAAAAGAUUAAAAGAUUGCCUUUUCAUUCAUCUCUGAAGCGUCUAUUAAUUCUCAAUGUAGGAACGUCAAAUUGAUUAUGGAAGGACACUGUAUCGUGAAGAUUUACCAGCCCUGAAAGAAAGAAUAAAACAAUCAAGAGAUGAACAAGAAAAGGAAGAAAACGCGCCGCGUCAAAAACCUCCCAGUGAGGGGUUGAGAUUGGAGUUUGUGUUCGGGUAAGAGUUGCAUUUCAGAAUAUUUAUUCAGUACAAUAGCAUUGACUUCUGCAGUAUUUAUAUUACGCGUAAUGACUACUCCAUCAAGCAGGGCUUACAAAGUAAGGCUUGAUUCCCAGCUUGUUCGUUGGGCAUGCAGUUUUCAGAUUUAGCGGGGCCAUUUGCUUGUUUGGCUCAGUUAGUCAGGCAGUUAGAUGAUUGCCUAGACCCUUUUGUCGGUGACGUGACGUAAUUCCUUUCCCCUACCCUCCCCAAAAGAAAAAGCAACAACAGAAAACAAACCAUAAAAAACCCGUCCCCUCCCGUCUCAUUAAUCUUUCUAACUUUUUAUUGUCAGGUACCGUGGCUAUGACUGUAGGAACAAUCUUUUUUACACUCAGAGUGGCGAGAUAGUGUAUCAUGUUGCUGCGUUGGGAAUUGUAUAUGAUCGUGAGCGUCAUAAGCAGAGAUUCUAUAACGCCCACACAGAUGAUAUCCUUUGUUUGUGUAUUCACCCAGUCAGGGAUGUGGUGGCCACGGGACAGGUAAACAACGCCGGAUCAUCUUCUUCAGUCCAGUUUAUUGCAGGGCUUAAGAACAAACAGCCAAAUCUUCAACUGUUAAUCUUAGGUUUUGUUGGUUUGUAAAAAUUCAAUACAGUCAAUCCCCGUUAAUAAGGACCCUGAGGGGGUCGUAGAAAGUGUCCGUAUCAACGGGGUGUCCGUAUUAAGCGAGUUGAAUUUAGAGAAAAUGUAAGGGCUUUCUUUCCCCAGGGACAAAGAAAACUGUCCGUAAUAUUGAAGUGUCCUUGUUAAGCAGGUGUCUGUAAAGCGGGGUUUGGCUGUACGGACGUUCAUUGAUAGAAAAUUACACAAGGAUAAUAAGUCAACAUUUCCCCCCAAUAUUUUGACCGGUUAGAAACUCGGCUUGACCGAGCAAAAAUUUCGGAUCAUUAUUUGUUUCUGGGAAACUGCCCACCCACCCCUCCCCUAAGCCAGCAUUGACACUUACCUCUCAGUUAGGCCAUUUGACUGUUGAAUAACACCACAAUUAAAGAUCAUCGUAUUGAAAUGUUCCCACAAUUGUCACCGUUUUGUAACGCCUUUUCAUUUAAUUUGCUUAAUUUAUGUUGUUGGACCGAAGUAGUUAACACUACUUGCUAUUCAAAUUGUUAUAUUAUUGUGUGCCUUUAAUGUUACAGGUGGGACGCGACCCCGCCAUUCAUGUGUGGGACUCAGCAAAAAUGGAAACCCUAGCCAUUCUAAAAGGGCAACACGAGAGGGGCGUCUGUGCUGUGGACUUUUCAGGUUAUACUUAAAUACCAGACUACCAGCAGAUUUUUUGUCAGGCAGUCUAGAGCGCAAGGAUGCGAGCGAAGGCCCGAGAGGGGACUGAAGGAGAGGUUAUCUGUUUCCGCUCCUUUCGAGUUUCCUCUCGUCUCUGAAUAUUUUUCGUCGUUCCUAGCUAGCGUCAUGCGCGAGAAAAAUGUAGUUCGAUCCUUAAUGGAGAGACAUUUUUUCGCAAAUCACAGACUGCGGCGGUACAGAACAAAACUAAUUGAGCAAGAAGUUUUAACACUAAAAAUGUAAAUGUAAGGUGGGUUUGAAUUCUGAUCUUUGGUCUUCAGGUGAUGGAAAGAAAUUAGCCAGUGUUGGGCUUGAUGAUAAUCAUGUCAUUAUAGUUUGGGAUUGGAGAAAAGGCGAAAAGCUAGCAACAACCAGGUAAUAAUAGACUGCUGUGGAUGAGUGCACUAAACGAUAUUUAAAACAACGAAAAUCGCUCUCAGAAACCAGUUAAGUCCAUGUAUUCAUGAUUAGAAACCUUGUUUACGAUAAACAGGGUUAUGAGGAUUUGGUCUGUUUGCUCUACAGAGUCACUUUUCCAUCUAAAAUUGACCUAACAGCUGGAGCCUCCUGGUAACUGGCAGUUUAGAGUUUGCCAUGGCCGGUUUAAUUAAAGAACUCAAGACGCAUUUUUAUAGGGUUAAUCUCAGUCAGGGGUGGAUCUUUUUACUAAUUCCAGCGAGUGGUUAACCUGUUCAACACGCUAUGUAUGUUGUAGGCACUUUUCGGCCAGCAUCG